AUGUCUCAAAACUCCAACUAUGGUUCAAAUUCCAUAGAUGAGGACCUAGAGACACUCCCACCAUUUUUGGGACUUGAUAACCUCGAUAAUGACGGCAGCGAUUUAUUUGAUAAUGAUACCGAACAGAUUAGAACUAGGCAUAGAAGUAACACAAUAUCCAGUAUUGUAAGCGUAUAUGAGUUGGUUAAGGAACAUUUGGAUAAAAAAAGAUUUGCCUAUCUGGUACUGGCUAGUUUAUUCCUUUAUCUGGGGUUCGUUAUGGCUUUUGCACCAAGGACCUCUCUUUCAAGAGAUUUUAGAAGAGCUCAUUCAAGUAAAUUGACUACGGCUGAGGUCUAUAGGAUUUAUUUGAGUUCAUUACAGGUAGAAAACCAUGCAGAAACUCAUCUAAAAAACUUGAGUGAAAAUGGUAGAGACGAUAAUCGUGAUGGAUUGAAUUUGCAAUAUCUUGAAGAUCAAUUUCAUGAUCUUGGGUUUCAUCCCAAAUUAACAAAAUAUUAUCCAUGGAUAAGCCGACCUUUGGAUGUGGAUGUGCAAUUGCUUAGGGAUGGCAAAUCCAUUUUUAAAGCUACAAUGGAGGAAGAUGAUGUAGAAUAUGAGGAUUCAUCAAAUUCCUUUACGAGGGGGUUCCAUGCAUACUCGUGCAAUGGUGAUGUAACAGCUCAAUAUAUUUUUUCCAAUUACGGUUCCCUGGAAGAUUAUAAACAACUGAUAGAAAAUAACAUUAAUAUUGAAGGAAAGAUACAUAUAAUACGACAUGGUAAACUUCUGCCCGGUAUUAAGGUGAAGAAUGCAGAACUUUACGGUGCGUCUGGUGUCAUAUUGUAUACAGAUCCAUAUGAUGAUGGGGAAGUUACUACCGCAAAUGGAUACAAGAGCUUUCCUGAUGGGCCAGCAAGAAAUCCAAGAAGUAUUGAAAGAAGCUCUGUCGAAUAUUUUUCAGAAUCACCAGGUGAUCCAACAACGCCAGGGUACGCCUCAAGAUAUUUUGAUAUUGAACGUAUGUCUCCUGCGGGGAGAUUACCAAGAAUUCCUUCUGUUCCACUCAGUUCGAACGAAGUAACCUUUAUCUUGAAGCAUUUGAAAAAAAAUGGUCAUCGAUUCGAUUCCAAAGGUUCUAUCGAAGGGUUCCAUUAUUAUUCUGGUCCAUCUGAGAAGGGUUUGGAAAUACGUUUAUUCAACAAGCAGGAUUAUGCUGUCAAAGAAGUAACUGACCUGGAAGUAAGAAUUCCUGGCAUCUUCACAGACGGUGAGAUAAUUGUAGGAAGCCAUAGAGAUACAUGGGGAGUAGGUGGUAGCAGCGGUUCCUACAGCGGGACUGCUGUCCUACUAGAAAUAGCCCGUGGAUUAAGUGAGCUCAAGAAACUUGGCUGGAAACCGCUGCGGUCCAUAAAAUUGAUUAGUUGGGAUAAUGAACUAUUCGCUAAAACAGGUUCUGUAGAAUACGCAGAACAGCAUACAGCAAUAUUGAAACGUAAUACUUUAGCUUAUAUCAAUUUAGAUUCAGCUAUAUCAGGUUCAGAGUUUAGUUGCAAAGCUAACCCAUUGCUGCAUGAUAUCAUUUAUAAGGCUGCAAAAUUCACUAACUUUAAGGGGGAGGAAAAUUGGACUUUAUUUGACGAAUGGAAAAAAAGUACUAAUGCUACCAUUGAUUAUGUAAAUGGUGAUGCUGAAUUUUUUGCAUUUCAAUAUAAUCUAGGAGUGGCCUCUGUUGAAUUCUCUUUUAAAAAUAACGGAACAGGUGAUGCCAUAUACCACAAACAUUCCUCGUAUGAUAAUUUAUCCUGGCUUAAGUCGUAUGUAGAUUCAGAUUUUCAAUUGCAUAAUACAUUAGCGAUGUUCACAGGGCUUACGACAUUAAUGAUAGGCGAAACAGAAUUACUACCUUACCAAACGCACCCAUACUUAAAAGAAAUUUCUGAAAGGUAUGAAUUCUGGAAUAAAAAAUUGCUAACUGUAUUUUCUCAUGAUAGAGAGUUGGCUAAUUUGGCUUCAAGCGUUUCAAAUUUAAUUAAAUUAGCGACCUGGAAAGAUAGCCUUGCCUUUGAUAAAGAAAAUUAUUUGUUGCACCUAGAAUGUACGCAUGAUUUACCAUUAUGGUCAUUUUUUAAAAAAUUCAAGCUUUAUGUUAGGUUAUUAAGAUCGAAUAAUAAGUUAAAGCAAUUAGACCGACUCUUUAUUACAAAUCGUGGUUUGAAAGGCAGAGAAUGGUUUAAACAUUCCAUUGUAGCUCCAGAUAAGUUUAUCGGUAGCAAAACGUGUCUUUUACCUGGUCUACAUGAAUCUUUAUUGGAUACGGAUAGAGAUGCUGUAGUUCAAUGGUUGAAAAUUCUGCAAAGUCAAUUUUCCAAUAUAAGAUAUUUACUGCAGUAA